UUGUCAAAUAUACUUUUGGUGUCAACCUAGGCCAAUCUUCACUCCAAUAGACUUAAAUCAGAGCUAAAGCACGGUUCUUGUCCCAGGAAAGAAGUUCGAAAGGAACCUUGCAGGAAAGGAGAUGAAUCCAAGCUUGACAGGAAGAAAGCAGAAGUAAGUGAGUUGGAGAUCUUGAAUACCAAAAGGCUCAAUGCAGAUCUGGAGAUCGAGAUGACUGUAACAAGAAAUGAUAACUGGUCUCGGAGCGAAACAUCCAUGUUGAAUAGACUUCUCUCAACAAGUCGAGCAAAUAUCCCCAGCAAGGCCAUCUCCCUCCAGGGAAAGACUUUGAGGGACACAGAUAUUCCACCAAACGAACAAGCAAGGUCUUCCCAACACAAACCCAAAAUCCAUAGCACAGCCAUCCCAAAACCUGGAUAUCCCGCUUCAAAUCAAGGAUCCAGCACUCUCGGAGGAACUCCAAGAAAUCAAGACAUUCAUCCAUCCUCCUCCUCGAAGAUCUCUCGCCACACUCUAUCCCAGCACCACCACCCCCAAACCCAGCUACCCAACCCACCCCACUCCACUCCAACCAAGAUUCCAAACCUCCACCAGCUUCCUCCCGGAACACACACACACAUCCCCACGGCUGCGGCUUGCACUUACACUUUAACCUCCGUCGAUCUCCAAGGUCCAGAACACCGGUGCGGAUCCUUCAGAAAUAGAAACACGGUAGGUAUAGCACCCAACACCACGGGGCACGAUGAGUUGGCAGCUUGUUUUCCAAUGGAGAGGUUCUUGCCACUCUGCUUGCCCCUCACUUGAUGACAUGUAUGCAAGUAUGAGCUGCCUGCUUGCCCGCCAGUACGAAACCUCGAUCUGUGAGAUGGAGAUAUGCAUGCAAGCCAGCCAGCCUGCAUACAUAAUAUACGAGACGAAAGGGGAGGGAAAAAACCAACUA